CUUUGCCCAUCACCAACUCUUCUUGCAAAGGUUGUACGGCUUCAAUCUUCGACUGAAGCUUGACAUCAUCAUGUCUGACAUACCAGUGCGACCGCCUGCACCUGCGCCAGCACUCCCUGUAGGCUGGACUGAGCACAAGGCGCCCUCAGGUCACUCAUACUACUACAAUGCCGAGACGGGAAAGUCAACAUAUACGCGACCAGUUGCAGAAAUCCCACAAUACCACAACCCCACGCCGCCUGCUGCACCUGCUUCCUACAACGCGCCGCAAAGUUACAAUCUCGGCCACGACAGCCAACCAGCGCAAGUCGCCUUUCAGCCUCAACCCUCAAUCAACGACUUCAUCUUCGCGAGCGCACCGAAACAAUUCCCAAAGCAUGGCGGCGCGCAUCAACAAUCACGAGGUGGGCACAGGGGAGGAAUGCGCGGCGGGCAUAAUAAUUUCAACGACCGAAGAAGAGAACGGGACGAUAGGCCAAAGCAUCGCCAAGACAUCCCGAACUGCGCGCCCUGGGUGCUGGUGAAGACAAAGUUUGGACGGCGGUUUGUGUGGAACAAGGACACGAACGAAAGUUUCUGGAAGUUCCCGCCCAAUGUCAUGACAGCCGUCAUCGAGUUCGACCGGAAGGAGCGAGAGAAGAAGGAACGCAGGGAACGGGGUGAGCCAAGCGAUGUGGAAGAGGAUGACGCCAUGGCCGAGAUUGAGGCGGAGCUGGCGGAAGCGGAAGAGGAGGUGGAGAUUGUGGAAGUGGACGGUGAGGAAGGCAUGGAAAAUGACGAGGAGUACGAAGAAGUGGAAGUUACAGACGAUGAGGGCGAGGCGUCAGGCCACGCGCAAAAGCGGCAGCGCACCGAAGAGCCAUCUGGAGGCCAACCACCUGAGGAAGAUGACGAUCUUGCAUGGCAACUGGCACAAAUGGAGGAGAUGGAAAUGGACCAAGGUUAUGACGAACAGUACGAUGACGAGGAGCCUGCCUUAUCUGAAGAAGAUUGCAAGGCGCUUUUCAAGGAGCUGCUGGAUGACACCAAGGUCAGCCCAUUCGCGCCUUGGGAUAAGAUUUUGGAAGACGGUGUUUUAUUCGACGAUGAGCGGUACAAGGCUUUACCAAACAUGGCAGCGCGAAAAGAAUGUUUCAACGAGUGGUCGCGCGACAAAGCUCAGUUCCUCAAGGAAGAGAAAGCUCGACAGGCGAAACGCGACCCGCGGAUACCGUACUUGGCCUUCCUCGACCGACAUGCAACACCGAAGCUGUACUGGCCUGAGUUCCGCCGAAAAUACAAGAAAGAGCCUGAGAUGAAGGAUACCAAGCUCCCAGACAAAGACAAGGAAAAGCUGUAUCGCGACCAUAUCAAGCGGCUAGCCAUGCGGUCAUCCGAUCUGAAAUCCGAUCUUUCGGCACUUCUACGAGCCCAACCUCUCGCCCUGCUCAAUCGUUCCACGACUAUUGAUACCCUGCCCUCCGCCGUGCUCAGCGACCUCGCCUAUAUCUCUCUCCCGCCAUCAACACGGGAUGGUCUUAUCAACACAUACAUCUCCACUCUGCCACCUGCGCCUGAGGGUGUUGUCUACUCCGCCGAAGAAGAGGCCGAGCGUGCGAAGAAGUGGGCGGAGCGCGAACGAAGGGAGAAGGCACUUGCGGACCGCGAGAGGCGUGUGCGCGAGGAGAAGAGAAAGCAAGAGCGCGAUCUAGCCUACGGAAAGGGCAGGCUACGUGAGGAAGAAGCAGAAAUUGAGAGAGCGAUGAAUGUUGGCAAAGAGGGUUUGAAAGGUCAUUUGAAGGAGUAGUAUACCCAUGCAAUCAAUACAUAUGUCGAAGUCCAGCUCGAUGUGUUACUACUGAAGUUUGACGUAAUGACUUGCAAUACUCG